CGAACGGACGGAUCAUAGCUCAGUCGCUAAUCAGCUACCCUAGCGCUCACAAGCGAAGAUCGUGUCACUUCAUUACCCUCGUACAUCGUUGAGACUGCUGUAAUCAGUGCAUUGAAUCAGUGAAAACCAUAAUACCCAAGAGAGUACAAAACGGGGAAGCGAACUACCUUCGGCGAAGUGACUGAUAAGCAAGAAGGUAAAAGUGGAAGAUCUGUCCCUUGAGGCAGCAUGGUUUCCUAUAGCAGAGCACGAUCGCCGUCUCUGCCGUCGAUCGUUGCCCCGUUCAUCGUGCUAGUGUUACUGGUGCUGCUUGUGGACAUAUCCGAAAGUUGCAGCAAACUUCCGAUCGUCGAUGGGAAAUCGAUCAGCACGGUGAAACAACCGGGUGACAAUGGCUACCGUCUAGCCAUCCGGGACGAUCCGAAAGGAUACGAACCGGGAAAGAUUUACAACCUAUUUAUCGUCGGAUCGCGAACGCACGCCAAACUGCAGCAAUUCACUCACUUUACACUUGUUGCCCAUGCACGCAAUGGCGGCAAGACUUAUAUUGCUGGUCCACGCAGAGUCGGUCGGUUUCAGCUGUUCAGUGACGCGCUGACAAAGUUUCACGAUCAGUGCGUCAACACGGUAACGCAGGCCGACGACUUCCCGAAGACAGAGGUGCAGGUGAUGUGGGUUGCACCAGCGGCUGGUUCCGGAUGCGUCAGUAUUUCCACCAUGGUGUACGAAAGCGAACAGCAGUGGUUUGCCGACGACGGUGCACUGACGAAGGUACUGUGCGAGCAGCAACCGGUACCACGCCUGCAGAAAGGGGAAUGUUGUGCCUGCGAUGAAGCGAAGUACAGUUUUACCUUCGAAGGCAUCUGGUCGAACGAGACGCAUCCGAAGGAUUAUCCGUUCGCGAUCUGGUUGACACACUUUUCGGACGUGAUAGGUGCAUCGCACGAUACGAACUUUUCCUUCUGGGGCGAGCAGCACAUUGCUACCGAUGGUUUCCGCAUGCUUGCCGAGUGGGGCUCGGUACGCCUGCUGGAACAGGAGCUGCGCGCGAAAGGAUCAAGGCUGCGCACGCUCAUCAAGGCGGCCGGUUUGUGGUAUCCGCGCGUGAACUCCAACACUACCUCGAAUUUCCGCGUCGACCGGAAACAUCACAAGAUUUCGCUUGCAUCCAUGUUUGGACCAUCGCCCGAUUGGGUCGUCGGUGUGAGUGGGAUGGAUCUGUGCCGGUCCGAUUGUACCUGGACGGAGGCACUGGAUGUUGAUCUGUAUCCUUGGGACGCCGGUACGGACAGUGGCAUUAGUUAUAUGUCGGCAAACGCGGAAACACAGCCGCGGGAACGUAUGCACCGCAUCACCACACUGUACCCGGAGGAUCCUCGAGCACCGUUCUAUAAUCCACAGUCGACGGAGAUGACACCGCUGGCGCGACUCUAUUUACGCCGCGAUCGGGUAAUCGCUCGCAGCUGUGAUGAGCAAUUCCUGCAGGCGCAGGUAUUGGAGCUGGCAGAGAACACUGAGGAGGAAACGCGCGCCGAAUGUGCGACCACCGUGUACACCGACUGGACGCCAUGUUCGGUGACGUGCGGUAAGGGUAUACGGAUGCGCACACGUGAAUAUCUGCAACCGGAUGUGGCGGCCGGUGCACGCUGCAACAGACAGUUGAUUGGGAAGGAGAUGUGUGUAGCCGAGGUGGCAGAGUGUGAGGAAACCGGUGGUGACGACGCUGCAAGUUCGGAGGACGUUGGACAGUUGGCGGCCAGUGUGGAUGAGGCCGGUGAAGGUGUUGGUGUUUGUCGGACGACGCGCUGGAGCGAGUGGUCUGAGUGUUCUGCUAGCUGUGGCAUCGGAGUAACGAUGCGCACGCGUACGUUUGUGGAACAUAUGGGCCGCAAAAAGUGUCCCCACAUCAGUGUCGUGGAAAAACAAAAAUGUAUGCGUCCGGACUGUUCAAUCACCGACAUGGAAGCACCAGAUCCACUCUGUCCGGUCACCGCUUGGAGUGACUGGAGUCCGUGCAGUGCCACUUGUGGUAAGGGUGUACAGAUUCGCACCCGUUUGCUAUUGCUAGUGCCAGAAGAACAGGACCGCUGCCAGAAUCGCAUCGAGCUAAACCAGCAGCGUCAGUGUACGGAAAAAGCUGACUGUCUGUACGAUACAUUCACUGCCAAGGAGAUUUGCUCCCAACCCCCAGAACCGGGCCUAUGCCGUGGUCAAUACCAGCGCUAUGCGUACGACUCCAUCCAAGGUACCUGCGUACCGUUCUACUACACUGGAUGCCGAGGUAACAGGAACAAUUUCGUCACAGCGGAUGAUUGCAUGAACACGUGUACAAGGACACGGUUGGAGAUUGUUACCGAGCGUACCACAACAACGGAUCCGUUCGAGGCACUCCCGGUCGACUGUGUACUAUCCGACUGGUCGGAAUGGACUCCCUGUUCGGUAACAUGCGGCACGGGCCGUUCCGAGCGUGUUCGAUCAAUUGUAACGCAGCCACGAAAUGGGGGACAACCUUGCCCCCCGCGUAUUGUGAAGCGCCGUAAAUGUACCGGACCACCGUGCAAUUGAGCACCAAUUUGCAUCGUUCGAUUGGAGAGCCGCAUGCUUACCAGCCCAAGUUUGAUGGGAAAAUAAAUCUGCAUCUGCUUCAUUAUAA